CAGUGUCGGCGGCUCUCGCCUGCUGCUGACUACACAAUCCAACAUGGAGUAAUGAGAGAUGGGGCUCCUCUUCGAGACCAGCGCGCAGUCUUCAGCCACGGCAGGCGACGCGAGACGAAAAAACAUGAUGUAGCCAUCGGGAUGUUGCAUAACGCGAGGAUUAACCAGAUGCAUGGCAAACCGUGAGGGAUAAAGCGCGGUGCGCGGAGAAAGGACGAAAAUAAGGAACGCUGAAACGGAUUUGGGGGAAACUCGUUGAUGCACUGGACUUUAAAAAGGCGAGGUGGAAAAUCGAGACGACAUGAAGCCCGAACGCUGCGUGCCCGCGGUGGGAUAUUAUUUUUAUUGUAGGUGAAACGUGGGGAAACAUGACUGAGGAAUCGCACCCAGACGAUGACAGUUACAUAGUGCGAGUGAAAGCUGUGGUGAUGACGAGGGAUGAGUCUAGCGGGGGCUGGCUGGCUCAGGAGGGUGGUGGUCUCAGUCGAGUGGGUGUCUGUAAGGUGGUCCCAGCUGACCUGGAGCUCCUGGGACGGAACGGCUUUCUCAUCUUUGGAGAGCGGCUCAAAGACAAGCAGGUGAUCCUACAGUGCUUUCUGAAGAAGGAUCUGGUGUACACUAAAGCCACGCCCACUUUCCAUCACUGGCGAGUGGACAACAGGAAGUGCGGCCUGUCGUUCCAAAGCCCCGCCGACGCCCGAGCCUUCGAUCGCGGUGUGAGGAAGGCCAUCGAGGACCUCACAGAGGGCUCCACUACUUCUUCUUCCACGCUGCAGAAUGAAGCCGAACUGGGUGAUGAUGACGUGUUCACGAAUGCCACAGACAGCUCGUCUAACUCUUCUCAGAAGAGAGAGCCGUCCAUGCAGACGCUCGCACCAAUCAGCUUCUCCGAGCCCCACCACUGCAUUCUGGGACAUCUCUACGACCAACACAGACACUCUGACCGUUUCUACCUGGAACAGACGGUGCCCAUGUUCCCGUGUCCCCGUCACGUAAGGUUUCACGAGGAGGAGGAGGAGAUUGUCCGGAUUAACCCACGCGAGCGCUCUUGGUUAACGGGCUACGAGGACUAUCGCCACGCCACCACAGCGACACGGGCCAAACCCCUGCGGCCAGAAGCCACGGACGCUUACGUUCACCUCGCUAAGAGCGAACCUCCCAAACACGACUACACUUACUCGUACCCACUCAGUGGGGACGGACACACUCCCCGCGACGGCAAAACGGGCAUCGGCGGCGGCGUGGUCACCGGUCAGCCGCGUGCACUGACCGCCAAAUGGCUGCCGCGGCGCGUGGAGGACAGCAGAGAGCGCUUACGGUGCGUGUACUGUCAAAACAUGUUCAGUCCGGCCGAAAACGGACGCGGGCGCUGCCAGGAAGCUCCGGACCCCGUGCAGACGUGCAUUCGCCGGGUGAGCUUCAUGUGGUGCGCGGACAGCCUGCUCUACCAUUGCAUGUCGGACCCCGAGGGCGACUAUUCGGACCCCUGCUCCUGCGACGCCAGUGAAGAGCGCUUCUGUUUGCGCUGGCUAGCGCUCCUGGGACUGUCGCUGCUAGCGCCCUGCAUGUGCUGUUACGCACCACUUCGAGCGUGUUACCACUGCGGCGUCGCGUGCCACUGCUGCGGCGGCAAGCACAAGGCCGCGGGGUGAGCGGGAAAACACGAGCACACAUGCAGUUGGGAAAAACAACAAAUGAAAAGUGGAAGAACUUGUGUUUCGCUUUGUUUUUUUUUUCCUUCCCGCUGUAUUUCGGAGAGUCGGUCCAUUUUGGUUUUGUUUUCUCAAUUUAAUUGUACUGGACAGCUGUCCUGGUUUGUAUUUUUCUUUGUUUUUAAAAGAGUAACCCUCAGCUUCCAUUUAAAAAGACUACACGAUAAAUAUUCAUUUAUAUAUGAAAAGUAUAUAUAAAUAUAUGUAGAUAUAAAUAUAUAAAUCCAGGUACUUUAUAUUUUUAUGCUCAUGUGCUUUGAAGGUUUGAGUUGUUAUCUUCCUUCCGUCUCGUCUGUGUUUUAACAUGUUCGUUCGAUUUGAUUUUACUCUCUGUCAGCCUUUCGUUAUGUCUCUACAAUCAGAGGCGUCUCUUCUACUGUGAUCCACUCCGUCUAGAUAAGACAAACCCAGAGGAAUCCAAAAUAGCUGACCUGUAGGACGGUAGAUCUCGUGUGUAUGUGUGUGUGUGAGGUCAGAACGGAUGUGGGAAAUGUCAUUUUGCCAAAUUGCCAAUAUUAAUUUGCUGUGUGGAAGAUGGCAAACACAUUGCUGCCCAAAUGUAAAGUAUGUGUGUGGGUGAACGUCAUGUGCAGGUCAUAUUUCACCCCAAAAUCAAGAGAAAAUUGCUUUAGUUGGCUUAUUUUAGGAACUUUUUAGCAUUGUGGCAUUAUUUUCAGUUAUUUUCAGUUUACCAUCCAAAGUGUCAUUACAAAAAAACUUAGUGGUGAAAUGUUUUUCACUCAAAAACUGCUUCUAAUUUUCACAAAUUAAUUGAAGUGAAAUUUUAAAAUAGUAAGUCUAAAAAAUCAUUUACCAUGUAAUUUCCAUUAUAACAUACACUGCCCUCCAAAAGUUUGGAAACGCCCUAGAAAAGUAAGUUUUUGAUUCAUCAAAAUAUCCACCAUUAGAAGCUGUUACAGCUCUGCAUAAUCUGGGUCUAAAUUCAUUGUAUUCUAAACUUAAUUGGCAAUCAAUUGUUGAAGCUAGUAAGGUGUGCUGACCCAAAAAACUUUUAAAAACCUGGGCCAAGUUUAAACCAGUAACCAGGCAUCACAGCAAGUCUGACUUUGACAUUUAUAUACUGCCAUUAUUACGUAAUCAAAAUGAAAAUUAUUAUUGCUGGUCUUCAAUGAUAACAUCAAGUUACUUUAAUGUAUUUGCACCAAAAAAUGCUAAGGAUUUAUGCUGAUAUCGUCCAAAACCACACUUUACCAGGGGUGUUUCCAAACUUUUGGAGGGCAGUGUAAAUGUUUUAUUAUAAGAAAAAAAGUUCAGCAGAUAUUACAGUAUUUAUGCACCUUUUUCCCAUAAGAGCGGAUGUGGCAAUUUGCACAUUUUAUGGGUGUGGCUUCCUGUCUCAACUGCAUCCAGCUAUUUUUAGCUGUACAAAACAGCUUGUUUUGCUGCUUGAUAUUGCAAAUUAGUGUCUUACCAUUUUAUUUUAACAUAUUAUCUUAAUUAUGAACACACUGGUUUGUAGUGCAAACAGUUUUACCGUUUACUGCACGCUGUUAUUCUUCUCGUUGUUUCCCUUUAGCAGCUAAUAAAGUGGAAAUCUCACUCAUAAGCUUAAUUCUGCAUUGAAGAAAAAAUAUUCCAGUAGACUAAGUUGUUGCACUUCUGUAAUAAAUUACCUUAAAACAAUAUCACAAUGCAAAUACCUUAAAAAGUUCAAUUUUGUGCUUGCUUUUGGGGUGCGAUGAGCUGAACGUGUUCUUAAAAGGUUUCGUGAGAUGUAUGUGCCUGUAGAUGUUUUGAAACGAAAACCAGCCUCAAAAUCGAUGUACCCCUCCUACAGGAUGAAAAACACGAUGUCUUUUUUCUCUGCCUUUGUCUUAAGCACAACACAAACGAGUACAACUAACAAACAAGAAAAAAGAACCAUCUGAACACUGUGCAAGUCGUUGUGAAGUUCUCAAAAUCUAUUUCCAAUUGCUGGCCUAUCAGCAUCGUCCUUCGAAACAACAUCCAGCCAAUCAGUGGACUGUGACAGCGUUGUCAUGACGACUGUGAUCCUAUUUGUCAGCUGAUGUUUUAUGUCCUAUCUGUCUCUCUCUAUCUCUCUCUCUUUCUGGUGUCUAUCCUCGAUCUUCUCCCCCUCUUCCUGUGAAAAGCUUUUGCAGUAGUACUAUCUGACGCGUGACUAAAGAGGAGCAGUUUUAUUUUUUUAUUGGUGUCCAGGAGAGUGAGUUCUCUGUCUGUCUGAUGCUCCUGAACAUUCUGAGAUUAAAAGAAAGUGCCUGAAUCA